AUGUCUUGUACAAUAUGGAUGCGACCGUGCCAGGAAUUGGACAGACAAACCCAUUACCUAUCGUGUGGACGUUCAGGUCACAUCGGGGGAUUUGAACUCAUCAUUCCCAACCCACCAGAAGAACUUUCAAAUGCAUUGAAGCCGUAUUCCGUCCGCACAGGCGAAGGCGACGUCGCUAUCACUGCGUCGUUAUACGAUGCGUUGACCCGGACUCAACAGGCUGAAGGAUCCAUCGACAUCUGGGCUGACAGUAUCUCAAUCAGUCAGGCUGACGCAACGGAGAAGUCACAUGAGGCCACGCAGGUUUUUGGCUGGGUUGGGGAUGAAGCUAAAGAGAGUAGUCUCGCCAUGAACGCCUUGCGGAGUAUUACUGUCUCACCGAGCGCGGUGUCGAGGCUUGAGAAGAAUAUCUGGGGUGCUAUCAUUAAACUCUUCGCAAGGCCCUGGUUUGUCCGAUCGUGGGUGAUUCAAGAUGUCAUUCUUGCGAGAGAGCUCCAUGUCGUCUGUGGCUCCGAGAAGCUGUCAUGGGAAAAGCUUUACGAUGCAGUACACAUAUGCGAGACAUGUAUCGAAAAUAACGAGAAGUAUGAGCUGUUGGAUCUAUUCGAACUUUUCCAGCAUGCAAAGUCCACACUCAGACGCGACAGGCUGUUCACGUUGCUCAAUAUCGCAGCAGAUGCCGAGGGGUUUAGCACGGAUUUUAUUGUGUUUGAGUAUGCUUCGAAGUUCGCAGUUCGUGGAAAAGGGCUAGAACUACUUUCUCGUGCCCGGGGAUUAUCCUCUUCGCGCCGUUUUCCAUCCUGGAUACCGGAUUGGACUGCCAACCGGUACCCUACAACGAUCUCAGGAUGGCCAUCAGAACAGAAAUACCGCGCAACAGGUGAUAGUGAAGCAAGCAUCUCGGUGGAUCCAGACAACAAAGCGAUAUUGUUAGCCGGCGGGCUGAUAGUCGACACUGUUGUAAGGGUGGGCAGUUGUCUUUCACAGGUCGACAAGGCGAUGGAUGACAUCACGGAUAUCUUAAAACGGUUGGAUUUGUCACAGCCGGGGUAUCCCACCGAGGGAUCGAGAGGCGUCUUGAAAUUCCGCAUCCCGAUUGGUGAGGCAUGGAGAGGCGUUCAAGGCUGA